AUGUUCGCCCGCACAGCACCCAGACUCAUGCGGUACACCGCCCGCCCUUCUCUACGCAGCCCAGCAAUCUCCAAACCCGCCGCCCUCCGCACCACCCCAGCAGCCGUGACCUCGGCUCGCUCAUUCUUCUCUUCCCCGGCCUCCGCAAAGGGCAUCCAGCCGGACUCAGAAGACCCCAAGCCCCCGAAUCCCCAGGCCCCUGUUGCUGGAGCCGGGUCGCAUGUCACGGAGCCUACACCCUUGACUCCGGAGGAGUACUACGAGUACUCGGAGCACUACUUCAACUACCUCGUCCAGCACCUGGAGAAGGCUCAAGAGGAGGGUUCCGAUGUCGAGGCUGAGUACAGCGCCGGCGUCUUGAACAUCUCCGUCCCCGCCACCGGCACUUACGUGCUCAACAAACAACCCCCCAACAAGCAAAUCUGGCUCAGCUCGCCCAUCUCCGGCCCCAAGCGGUAUGAUUGGAUCGUUGAGGGUGACCGUAUGCAUGAGAAGCAGGACACGCGCGAAUUUGCCAACGGGCAGUGGGUUUAUUUGCGUGAUGGGUCUAAUCUUACGGAUUUGUUGAACAAUGAGUUGACCCUUUCGUUGCCGAGAGAUAUUUACUCGGAGAUUUUGGACUGA